GUUGACAUUUACGUCAGUUGGCAGUUGUCAUUCCGGCUUUCAUUUUCUUUUUAAUCGAUCUGAGAGCGGUAACGCCGAAGUUUCUUUUUGUUUGUAAACUUAAAUCCGUCAAAAUACAGAACUUAAAGAUGGCCAGAGGUGGGAUGCGUGGCCGGGGCGGCAUGAACCGGAAUGUUGGUGGUCGGCCUCCAUUCAAAGUCAAAAUGUUUUUGCCGAGGCAUCCAUUUGAUCUGGCACUUUGCGAAACUUCAUUUCCUCGAACCAAAGCAGCUCCAGACGACACAGCUUUUACUCAAGCUUUAUUAAAAAGAAACGCCGAUCUGUCACCUACACCUGGAGAACAAACAGCUAUUUUGAACUUAGUUACUAAAAUUCAGACAGUUUUGGACAAUUUGGUAGUUGCACCAGGAAACUUCGAUGCAUGUCAACUUGAUGAAGUCCGGCAAGUAGGUUCCUUUAAAAAGGGAACUAUGAUUACAGGGCACAACAUUGCAGAUAUUGUUGUCAUUCUGAAAACUCUUCCUACCCGUGAAGCUGUGGAAGCCCUUGGUAACAAAGUUCGUGACGAUCUGAGAAAUUUAAUGAAAAAUGAAAUAGUACAAAAGGGUGAACAACUGGCACAUACCACUAAUGAAAGGGGUAUAGAAAUUAGUAAUGCAUUCGCAUGUGUAAGGGUAAUGGUUACUACAUUACAUCAUAAUAUCAGAAAAUUGGAUCCUGAGAUUCAUUUAGAUCAAAAAAUCAUGUUAAGCCAUCUGGCAGCAAUCCGUCACAGCAGGUGGUUUGAGGAAAAUGCUCGCCAUUCAUCAAUCAAAGUUUUGAUUCGUUUAUUGAGAGAUGUAAGAAGUCGAAAUGAAGGUUUUGAGCCAUUGACACCUUGGAUGUUGGAUUUAUUAGCUCAUUUUGCUAUAAUGCACAAUCCCAGUCGUCAAGCCUUGCCUCUUAAUGUUGCUUUCAGAAGAGUGUUCCAGCUUUUAGCAGCUGGCCUCUUCCUUCCAGGUUCAGCAGGUAUCACCGACCCCUGUGAAGGGGUUAGUUUGAGAAUUCAUACAACAAUGAGCUUGGAGCAGCAAGAUAUUUGUUGUUUAACUGCCCAGUCAGUAGUUAGAGUUUUAGCUCAUGGUGGAUAUAAACACAUCCUUGGUUUGGAAGGAAAUGCAAAUAUAGCACAAGAAUUAACGGUAUGGGAUGGAAUUGUAGUUUCCCCAUUAGAUAAGGCUUACGAGAAUCCCCAGAAAGGAAAGAAGGAGAUGAAGAUGAGGAUAUGGAAGCAGAGGGAGAUGAAAGUAUGGAAACUCAAGAUGCUUGAUCUGUGUGAAAGUAUUAUGUGGUAAAUUAUAAUAAUUGUGUUCUGAAUCAGUUUCAUUCGAGUCAGGAGAUUUAAGUUAAUAUCAAUCUCUUUUAAUGAAUAAGAAUUUAAAUUUUUCAUAUGAUUUUCUUUAACAGUAAUAACUAAAUGUAAAAUAAUAUACUACUAUGUUAUUUCUGUUAAUCAUAAAAAUUUCAUUUUGUAAUAUGUGUCUUUGUGAUACAAUAAACAAUUUUUUUAUUUAAUACAUAA